GCCUCUCGAGCUGAUAACAUAGGCGGACAGAUUGUCUAGCGCUAUCAUUCUUGGCCGUUGGCCAGUGAUAUAUCUUUGCAGAAACCCAUAUUGAAAAAGCUUCUAGACAACAGUCAGACGAGCUACGGAUCACACAGAUGCCUGGAUCUUGCAAGUGGUGAACAUGUCUGCACUCUGGAUUUUCUUUGCGCUUCGUUCCAUCGUCGCGAUGGGGAACACGGAAGGCACUGCAAGGUCCUUCAUCGUCGACUAUGAGAACGACCGCUUCCUCAAGGACGGUGAGCCAUUCCGAUAUGUUUCCGGAUCCCUACACUACUUCCGCGUGCCCAAACCUUACUGGAAAGACAGAAUGACCAAAAUGAAACUGGCAGGACUCAACGCUCUGCAGACCUACGUUGAAUGGAGCGGCCAUGAGCCGGAACCCGGGAAGUACGUGUUUGAGGACAACUACGAUCUCGAGACGUUCCUUGAAACUGCGCAGGAGGUUGGUUUGCUUGUGAUAUUUCGUCCAGGCCCUUAUAUCUGCGCGGAGAGGGACAACGGUGGCCUGCCUUACUGGCUUCUGCGCCUAAACCCUAACAUGAGGUAUAGGUCGUCCGACAAGUCAUACCUAGAUGCUGUGGAUAACUGGCUAAACGUCCUUCUGCCCAUGGUGAAACCAUAUCUGUACAAGAAUGGUGGUCCUAUAAUCACGGUUCAAGUUGAGAAUGAGUACGGACAGUACUUCGUGUGUGAUCAUAACUACAUGCGACACCUAGUUGAAGUUUUCCAGCACUAUUUAGGUCGAGACAUAAUUUUGUUUCGUACAGACGCACCCAGUGAUUCUGCAUAUAGAUGCGACGCCGUGAAUAAUACGCUGGUGACCGCCGAUUUUGGUGCUGACACAAACAUUAAACGUGCAUUUGAUGUUGUCAAGAGAGCACAGGGAAAAGGACCUCUCAUCGUGACAGAAUAUUAUCCAGGCUGGCUCGACCAUUGGGGUGCUCCUCAUGCGAAGAUUGAUUCUCAGAAAAUGCUGGAGACCUUCGAGGAGAUUCUGCAGUAUAACGCGUCCGUCAACUUUUACAUGUUUCACGGUGGCACAAACUUUGGAUUUAGCAACGGUAAAAAUCCGCCACCCCAGCCGACCAGCUAUGAUUAUGGAGCACCCCUCAGCGAAGCCGGAGACCCCACAGAUGUUUAUUACAAGAUCAGAAACAUCACCUCCAAGUACUUGCCACUUCCACCAGGAAAACCACCUGCGCCUGCUCCGAAGCUCAAUCUCGGCACCGUAGAAUUUACGGCAAGUAGUUCCUUGCAAGAGAUGUUGAAUUUCUUUAGGCAGUAUGCUUACCUUACUAAUGCUACCUCGCUCUACCCAAUUACCUUUGAGGAACUUGGCCAGGACUUCGGGUAUGUUGCGUACACAACGACGAUCGAAUUUCAACCUAAAAGCCCAACCGCUUUGGCAGUUCCUGGGAUCAGUGACAGAGGUUAUGUGUACACGAGGGCAACCAGAGCCGUGCUCAGCAACGAUCACCUUACGUACAGCGUCCCUGUUGUUGUUCAGAAAGGAGAGAAUCUUACAAUCAUCGUGGAAAACACAGGACGUAUCAAUUUUGGACCUGGUAACAAGGAUUUCAAGGGCAUUGUCUCCAACAUCACUCUUGGUGGGCAUCUUCUGACCAACUGGACCAUGGAAGGGGUACCACUUUCAACACCAGAACAGCUCUCGUUAUUGUCAAAAUUCCUUAUGACGCUGAAUGGCGAGCCCAAGUUCGAAGUUCCCGGUAUCUUCUUCGGCUACUUCAUGCUUCCCAGGGGACAAGAGCCUCUUGACACCUUCCUGGAUCCAACGGGAUUCGGCAAAGGAGUCGCGAUCCUCAAUGGCUUCAAUCUGGGACGCUAUUGGCCGUCCAUAGGACCCCAGGUGACGCUGUACGUUCCUGGAACGUUACUACUUCCGUAUCCUCAAGUUAACCUCGUUGCACUCUUCGAAAUGGAGUCCGCGCCAGAAGGUCCGAAGACUGUGAAGUUUGUGGAGGUGCCAAAUAUUGACGGACCGACACCUACUUAAAAGAAAUGAAUGUGUUUUAUCUCCCUAAAUUUACAACGCAAAGAUAUUGUUAAUAAUAAAAAGAUCCUCUAUAGACCAAAAGCCAAUAUUUUGGUAUUUGUUAAUUAUUUGUUCAGAUAACAGUGUCUCAAGAGAGUUGCGGUUAUCGUCCACAAUUCUUUCAACUCCCAAACGAAAAAGCGCUUGAGUAGUCAUGAAGACCUACAUGCUAAACGUUUUAAAAGAUAACUGCCUUGAUGUAAAUUUAUAAUUCUUUAUUGUAUUCUCAUCUGAACUAUACUGCAACCUCAUCUGGGGUAACACCACAUUAACAAACCUGCAAAAAUUAUUUUUACUGCAGAAAAAAAUGGUUAGAAUAACAUGCAACCUGCGUUAUAAUUUCCAUACAGGCAGUUUGUUUAAGAAGUUUAGUUUAUUAAAAAUUCAUAGCCUUUAUGAAUACAGAUUGAUUUUGGUUUAUAAACAGAAAGAAGGAAACAUAAAUCUUGUCAAGUCUAGCCGCAUUGACACCAAAUCUACACGUUCACUUAACUUGAAACAUGGAGUGUUGGAAGGUUGUCUACUGUUCUAGUAACUAUAUGGUAGGCGAAUGUUGCGAUAUACCAUACCGAAACUGUUAAAUUUCCUUCUAGAAAAAGAAAUUUGCACUGACACUACCUCCUCCAAGGCUUUGCGUUGUCUUUAUCUCUAGCAGUGAUUUCCUUCCCCUAGUCAAAUGAAUCUUUAAAUUUAUUUAUGCUAUAUAGAAUGCACUCUUUUUGUGUUUUUCGGUUUUCUGUCUGCAACGACUGUGCAUACCAUCUGUUUAGGUGAUUAAUAACUGUUUUGUAAUCUGGUGCAUAUACUAUACUUAUAUGUAUAUUUUUUUUUCUUUUUUGCUGCAAUGCCAAUGUACGAGCCGAAAGCUGGUCAAACCUCCUUUGACGCUUUUACCCUUUGCUCCACGAUGCUUCAUGGAAAAUAAACUAUUAAUAUUAUUAUUA